GCGUCAUCACUCUCGGAACAUUCAAUGCGCGCGAGCGAGGAGAGUUGAGUGGACAUGUCAAAGAGGAAGAGCAGUAAUUCAGGACUCACACCGGACAAGAGAAGCCGGCUUUCACAACCUGAAGAUGAGGAAGAAACAGGCUACUUUGGUUCAGGAGAUUCUUUGUCCUCCUUAUCACAGGGUGCCUCCGGUGAGGUGGGAAUCAUAGAGAGUAUCUCUCUGAAGAACUUCAUGUGUCACUCACUGCUUGGACCCUUUGCAUUUGGCCCAAAUGUCAACUUUGUUGUAGGAAACAAUGGAAGUGGUAAAAGUGCUGUUCUGACAGCUCUAAUUGUGGCUCUGGGUGGUAAAGCUCUCACCACCAACAGAGGCUCUUCGCUGAAAGGUUUUGUGAAGGAAGGAGAGAGCUCUGCGGAUGUGUCCAUCACUUUAACUAAUCGGGGUCGUGAUGCGUACAAGCCAGAAGUGUUUGGUCGAUCCAUCAUCAUUGAUCUUCGUAUUUCAAGCGAAGGGCUGAGAACAUAUAAACUCAAAAGUCAAACAGGUCAUCUUGUGUCAUCCAAAAAGGAAGAGCUGAUCUAUAUUCUGGAUCAUUUUAACAUCCAGGUAGACAAUCCAGUCUCCAUCCUUACCCAGGAAAUGAGCAAACACUUUCUCCAUUCCAAAGGAGAGGGGGACAAAUACAAAUUUUUUAUGAAAGCCACCCAGCUUGAUCAGAUGAAAGAAGAUUACAGCUACAUCAUGAAGACCAAGACCAUGACCCAGAAUACAGUGGAGAAAUACAAGGAGACUCUUCAUGAGCUAAAGAAGAGGUAUCAUGAGAAGGAGGAGCGCUAUAAAAAUCUGUCUUCGCUGGAUGAAAUGCAGCAGAAGUUGGAUGUGCUGAAGAAUCAGAUGGCGUGGGCUCUGGUGGCAGAGGUGGAGCAGGAGAUGAAGCCCAUGAGGGAACGAAUCACAGCCGAAGAUAAAUCCAACAUAAAAUAUGAUCAGAAGGUGGAGGAGUGGGAGGGGAAAGUUCAGGAGGCCACUGGGAUAUUCAAACAGUUACAGGAUCAGUUGGAAGGUAUAACUGAGCGGAUGCAACAGCUACAGCCGCGGUGCACUGAACUGAAGGGUCAAGUGCAGGAGCGCAACCGACAUCUCAAGAUAGCCGAGGCUAAUGUUCAUCAGAAAAAGACUAACUUAAGAGACCUGGAGAAGGAUAAAGAUCAGCUCAACAAACGUAUCAAAGAACUCAAAAGCAGUAUAAGUCAAUUGAACUCAGCUGACACUCAGGCUCGUAUGGAGAGAAUGAAUCACAUUCAUACUGAGCUGGAAGAGCUGGCCUUCAAGGACUCCACUUUGGUACAGCAGAUCGAGCAGUUUGCACAGGCAUGUCACGCGGCUGAAGAAAACCUCCGUAGAUUGAGCCGUGAGCAGCAAGACCUACAGCGUGCAUUGGAUGCUAAACGACGUGACCUGGUUGCUAUGGAGGGCAGUCGGCAAGAUCGUCUUUGUCGUUUCGGCGAGCACAUGCCAGCACUGUUGAGGGCAAUAGAUGAGGCUCAUCGCAGGGGCAAAUUUAGGAGAAAACCUGUUGGACCACUCGGAUACUGCAUCCGUAUGCGAGAUCCAGAUCUUGGUCUGGCAGUGGAAUGUUGUCUGAAGGCUCUGAUGUUGGCUUUCUGCUGCGAUAACCACCAAGAUGAGAAAGUGCUGCAGAACAUCAUGAAGAGCUGCUUCCCGCAUGGCAGACGACCCCAAAUUAUCGUCAGCAGGUUUACAGACACGGUCUACAAUGUCGGCAGCAGAGCUGUCAAUCAUCCAGAAUACCCAACAGUGCUCCAGGCUCUUGACAUUGAGAAUUCAGUUGUGGCCAAUUGCCUGAUUGACAUGAGAGGGAUAGAAACCAUACUGCUCAUCAAGAACGCUAGAGAUGCGAGGAGAGUUAUGCAGGGUGGACACCCACCACACAACUGCAGGGAGGCUUUUACCCGUGAGGGAGAUCAGGUGUACAAUAACCGAUAUUACUCCUCUGACCAGCACAGAGCUCUCUACCUCAGCAGAGAUGUGGAAGAGGACAUCAGACUUUUGCAGUCUGCUUUGGAAACACAGAGAAAACAAUUGGAGGACUUUCAGCAGAAUAUGAAGAGCGUCCGUGAGGAUGAAAGACAGAACAAGGCCCUUUGUGACAGAGCCCAUAGAGACCGCAAGAACGUCCAGGAACGUUGUCGGACUCUUCAGUCAGAUUUGACAGAACUGCAAAAUGUAGAAGAACCUCAGCUGGAGGAUCUCAAACCUUUGGAGGAGGAGUUGGAGGAACUUGUCAGCCGGAUAACAGUGUGUCGGGAUGAGUGUGAAGCUGCCAGGAAGCAGGGGCUCGCGCUCAAAAAGGAGUAUGAGGAGGCUGAGCGGCUCUUCCGAGAGCAGAGGGAAGCGUUCAGUAAAUUUGCAGAAGAAGCUGAACCUAUUAAGGAGCAGUUGAGUAACAGCGAUCAGGAGAUCGCGAGGAGUAAACACCACAAAAAACACUACGAAGAGAAACGCAAAAGCCACUUGGACAUGAUCAAGGGUCUGAAGAGAGACCUGAAUGUGAAAGAGCAGGAGUUACAGGCUUCUAUAGCAAAAGCUUCAGAAAUCUGCCCGGAGCGUACAGAAGUGAGAAGAACAGCAACAAGUUUGGACAGUGAGAUCAGCCGCCUAAAACACAAGAUCAACACACAACAGGACCAGCAGGGAGACAGAGACACUAUCGUGAGGCAGUACCAUGACGCGAAAGAGAACUUCAACAAUAUUGCCAGACAAGUGAAGGGUCUGGAGGCUUUCAUGCGGCAGUUAACUGAGAUCAUGAACACAAGACACAAUGUCUUCACUGAGCUGAGAAUGUAUCUUUCUGUGCGCUGUAAGUACUAUUUUGACUCCAUGCUGUCUCAGAGAGGAUACAUUGGGAAGAUGACCUUUGACCACAAGAAUGAAGCGCUCUCCAUCUCAGUUCAGCCAGGAGAGGGUGGGAAGGCUGCUCUGAGUGACAUGAGAUCUUUAUCUGGAGGAGAAAGGUCCUUUUCAACUGUAUGCUUUGUCCUGUCACUCUGGGCGAUCGCGGAAGCACCCUUCCGUGCUCUGGAUGAGUUUGAUGUUUACAUGGACAUGGUUAACCGACGGAUAUCCAUGGACAUGAUGGUUAAAAUCGCAGCAAGCCAGAGAUAUAGACAGUUCGUUUUUCUUACCCCUCAAAGCAUGAGUGGGCUGCCUGACACUAGCCUUAUUAAUAUUCUGCGUCUGAACGACCCCGACCGCAGCCAGUCCAGUCUACUGAAUGUCCAGAGGAACACUGAAGGAGCUGAUCUCUAACUGAAGAUAAUCUCUUGUUUUCUGAGAGAUUUCCCUCUUUUAUACAUGCAAUGUUUUCAAUAGUUGUAAAACAAUGCACAAGGAUUUCUUUAAAGGAUUUCUGGAUGUUCUGUUGCCUAAAUGUUUGGUUCUGCCUUUUUAUGUUAAUUAAAAAGAGGACAUUUAAAUAUUUCCUAA